AUCAAUGAUGCUUCACUCUCCAAUGGUUGUAGACUUCUCGGGCUUCUUAACCCAUGGAUUUACUCUCUCAAACCGGGCGUCCAGAACGACAUCACUACGGGCAGCAACCCAGGUUGUGGAACGACAGGGUUCAAUGGAACGAGAGGUUGGGACCCUGCCACUGGAUUUGAAACGCCUGAUUUGCCGAGACUUCUUACUAAGGCACUUAAGCUUUAA